AGUUGUUAUCACACAUGAUAUCAACCUUAUCAGUUUUUGUAAUAAUUACCUUUAAAACAGUUCAAUUUGACAAUAAAGUAACCUAUUGACAUGUUAAUCAACACAUAAUAACAAUAUCCUACAACUUACUUAACAUAAUUUUAAUAUAGAAAUAAUGUAUUUGGUUAUCGUUGUUAAUUUUUUGCUAACUAUUGUUAUAUAAGUAUAAAAAAUAAGCGUACAGAUUCAGUUUGAUCGCAGUUAAGACAUUGAGCGGUUGUUUCGUACAUACUCUUGAAUUCGAAUAUUACAAAAUGGCAUAUAUAGUUGAUUUACGAUCUGAUACCGUAACUAAACCAUCUAAAUCCAUGCGGCAUGCGAUGGUGAACUCGGCUCUUGGGGAUGAUGUAUUUGGAGAAGAUCCCACAGUGAACACGCUCGAAAGUAAAAUUGCUACUCUAUUGGGUAAACAGGCUGCGCUUUUUGUUCCCAGCGGCACUAUGGCAAACCUGAUAGCUGUAAUGGUGCACUGCAAGAGGCGUGGCUCAGAGGCGAUAGUUGGAAAUAUGUCGCACAUUUAUAAAUAUGAACAAGGAGGUGCGGCCCACAUAGCGGGAGUUCUGUUGAGUACGAUACAGAACGAGCCGGAUGGCACCUUCGAUCUCAAGGAGCUGGAGAGCCGGAUACGUGGCAGCGAUAUCCACGAACCUGUCACCUCCAUGGUGGCUGUUGAGAACACGCACAAUGUAUGCGGAGGGAAGGUCCUGCCCCUGGACUGGCUGGACAGAGUGUCCGCGGUGUGCCAGAAGCACAGCAUCCCGCUGCACAUGGACGGGGCUCGCUUGCUGAACGCCAGCGAGGCGCUGCGCGAGCCGCCAGCCCGGCUGGCGCGGGGCUGCGACUCCAUAUCAGUCUGCUUCAGCAAGGGACUCGCCGCACCCGUGGGCUCGGCGCUCGUGGGAUCCUACCAUUUUAUUGAGCAAGCCCGGCGCAUGCGCAAGAUGCUCGGCGGCGGCAUGCGGCAGGCCGGCGUGCUGGCGGCCGCCGCGGUGGUGGCCCUCGACGAGACCGUGCCCAGGCUGGCCUUCGACCAUAAACGGGCGCUGAUACUGGCCAAGACGAUUCAGGGUCUGCUCCUGAAGACGUUCUCCGUGGACGUGGCGGGCGUGCACACCAACAUCGUGAUGCUGAAGAUAGCCGGCGCCAGCCCGCUCACCGCCGACCUGGUGCUGAAGAGGCUGGGACAAGUUGCCUUGGACGAGACGCAGGGUGACUGCAAAACAGCGAAUGACGAAGGGGUUAUAGUGAAAGCCGUCGCGUUCAACAGUAAGACGAUACGGUUCUGCCUGCACGUGGACAUAUCGGACGAAGACCUGUGGUUGGCCAUCAUGAAGAUGACCUACGUGUUCAGGGAACUGGAUGCGGCCCAUCCGGCUGCCUAGGGUCUGGUUUAUGGGACAGUUGUGACAAGUGACUAACUUGUAUGGAGUGUGUGUUAUAUGUAUUGAUAUAUAUAAGAGAUAUAUGAAGCAAAAA